UCUUGUUCUCCAGAAGACCUUCCGCACCACCUGUGCCUGGCUCCUUGGGAGUGUCCCACUGCUGUGUUCUAAGAACGGAAGCAUCUGGGCUGGAUGGAAUUUAGCAUCAAAAAAAGUCCUCUUUCUGUUCAGAAAGUUGUAAAGUGCAUAAAGAUGAAGCAGGCACCAGAAAUCCUUGGUGGUGCGAACGGAAAGACCCAGAACUGCGAGGUGAAUCGGGACUGCUCCGUGUUCCUCAGCAAAGCCCAGCUUUCCAGCAGCAUACAGGAGGGCGUCAUGCAGAAGUUCAAUGGCCGCGAUGCCCUUCCUUUCAUCCCAGCGGAGAAGCUGAAAGAUCUUACUUCCCGUGUGUUUAAUGGAGAGCCUGGUGCCCAUGAUGCCAAGUUGCGUUUCGAAUCCCAGGAAAUGAAAGGAAUUGGGACACCUCCUAAUACUACCCCUAUCAAAAAUGGCUCUCCAGAAAUUAAGCUGAAGAUCACCAAAACAUACAUGAAUGGAAAGCCUCUCUUUGAAUCUUCCAUUUGUGGUGACGGCGCUGCUGAUGUGUCCCAGCCAGAAGAAAAUGGACAAAAGUCAGAAAACACGGCGAGAAGGAGCAGGAAGAGGAGCAUAAAAUAUGACUCCUUACUGGAGCAGGGCCUUGUCGAAGCUGCUCUGGUGUCCAAGAGCUCCAGCCCUUCAGAUAAAAAGGUUCCAGUUAAGAAAGAGCCCUGUACCAGCACUGGCAGAGACAAAGAUCACCUGUUGAAGUAUAAUGUUGGUGAUUUGGUGUGGUCCAAGGUGUCGGGUUACCCUUGGUGGCCGUGCAUGGUUUCUGCUGAUCCGCUCCUUCACAACUAUACCAAACUUAAAGGUCAGAAGAAGAGUGCACGCCAGUACCAUGUGCAGUUCUUUGGCGACGCCCCGGAAAGGGCGUGGAUAUUUGAGAAGAGCCUGGUGGCUUUUCAAGGAGAAGAACAGUUUGAGAAAUUGUGCCAGGAAAGUGCCAGGCAGGCACCUACAAAAGCUGAGAAAAUUAAGCUCUUGAAGCCCAUUUCAGGGAAACUGAGGGCCCAGUGGCAGAUGGGCAUUGUUCAAGCAGAAGAGGCAGCAGGCAUGUCAGUCGAGGAGCGGAAAGCCAAGUUCACCUUCGUCUAUGUGGGGGACCAGCUUCAUCUCAACCCUCGAGUGGCUGAGGAGGCUGGCGUUGCUGUGGUGUGUCCGGGAGAAACGGCAGCGUCCUCAGGAGUCAGGGAGGAAGCUGCUGGGAGCCCCCUGUGUGAGAGAGAAGAGGGCGUUCCCACGAAGAGGAGGCGGAGAGCCAAACUCUGUGUCUCUGCUGAGAACCGAGAGAGUGACCCUGGCUCAGUGAAGACCGUGGAGACUGACCCCAAAAGAGGAGUGGGGUCUCCUGCCGGGAGGAAGAAGGCCUCGGCCUCCGCCCCACGCGGCAGGAAGGGCGACGCGGCAUCCCAGUUCCUGGUCUUCUGUCAGAAGCACAGGGAUGAGGUUGUCGCUGAGCACCCUGACGCCUCAGGAGAGGAGAUCGAAGAGCUGCUGGGGUCCCAGUGGGACAUGCUCAACGAGAAGCAGAAGGCGCGCUACAACACCAAGUUCGCCCUUGUCACUUCUGCACCGUGUGAAGACGACUCGGGUACCUUAAAUGGGAAAAAACGAAACCACACAAAGAGGACCCCGGACCCUCCAGAAGAAGCUGACGUGGAGGAUGCACCCAGGAAGAGACUCAGGACGGACAAGCCGGGUCUGCGGAAGAGGGACGUGCUCACUGACAAAACCACCAGAACAAGCUCGUACAAGGCCACAGAGACGACCUCCUUGCUCAAGAGCCAGGCAGCAACGAAAAAUCUGUCGGAUGCAUGCAAACCCCUGAAGAAGCGAAACCGAGCCUCCGCGGCAGCGUCUUCAGCUCUUGGGUUUAGCAAAAGUUCAUCUCCUUCUGCGUCCUUAACUGAGAAUGAGCUUUUAUGGGAGCCCACAUCAGUCAAGUUGGAUUUGAACUCAGCUGCCCUGUACUGCACUUAAAAUGAUGUAAUAUUCCAAGAUGUCUGCUGCAGGUGGUGUAUCAUCGUACACACUAAGUGACAUUUCUAUCACAAUCAUUUUAUGGAAGAUGUGUGAUAAUCUGUUUUUACUGGUAUUAAUAAACACAUACAAUGAAGAAAACAGAUAACAAAUUUUAAGACCAAGGUAAGAUACUUAAUCAAGGCCAUUUAAUCAAUCACAUUCAUUUCAUGAUAGAAACACAUUCAUAUGCCAAUGAUCAAUGUAGAUUUCCAGUUGAAAAGGAGGCCCUUCAAUCAGGGGCCGUCCCAGAGCCGCGACGGUGACUCCGCAUUGAAGGGUGGUCCUGCUGCAGGUCGUUUUUCUCCUCUAGUUCAUAAUGUACGGAAUUUUUAUUGAAAAAAUGUCAGCAUCUGUACCUUCAGAAACAAAACAGCACACAUUAAGGAGUUCUUGUCAAUUCUCAUUGCCAAUGAAAUGUAUUCAAUACUGUAGAUAUUAAACUAAUUUCCAACGUGAAAGGCAGGAAGAGUUUUGAUUCUGUCCUUUUUUACUGAGCAUUUUUCCUAUGACACUAGAUACAGUAACUUUUUAGGAAAAGUAUCAUUUGCAGUAUCAUUGUGAACCAUGACUCUUGACUGAUCCCUGGGUGGGUACCAUAGUGAGGUUGGUGACGCCAGUCACUUCUUCAGUUGCUUUUGUAGAACACCGACCAUCAUGUUUGAAUGUCUUAAUCUUGGGUGACUGGCCGGGGGGUGUACCCAGGGUGCCCGCAUGUUUGCAUGGUGAGGAAGAAGCCCCAUGUGUGUGCCCUUCAGCCUCCCACAGCAGCACGGGAAUAGCACUCGGUUUAUUCUCAGCAGAUGCCCCGGAUGCAUUGGACCUGUAAGGAAUGUCCCCGACUGGUGCUCUGUGCUAGACAUGAAGUAAUGUGCAUGUGGCACCCAGGUGCCUGGAGCCUGGCAGCUCAGUGGCUCGCUGUCAUGACGGUGACGGCUGUACAAUAAAACAAUACAACCCCGCCACUCAGUUUUAUCCAAAAGUAUAGGUUUUGCUUUGGCAUGAAAAGUGACCCUAUGAACUGCAUUGUGCACACAGGGUACAAUAAACGCAUACACGGCCGAGCACGCUUUGUUGGAGUGACACCAGAGGGCGCUAGACUGUGUGGCUGAGGGCGGGGGCGGGGUUGCUCUCCUGGUUCUGCUCAGAUGUAGAGGAUAUGUGGCUCCAGGGUGGCCCAAGAGCGGUCCACACUGCACUGUUCCCAAAGGACAUGAAAAGCUUGAAUAAAUCUUAAAUUCUCAAAAAUAUCACUACUUCUGAAAGUAUGAACAAAAGUGGUAAAAAAAUGGCCCUGGUUCAAGAAGGGGUCACUCCAAGCAGAGACGAGCCUGGAAGGCUUUUUGUGAGAAGUAAGGGAUUUCAUUUGAAGUUGCGGCAUGACUUGUGGGUGGGUGGCUGCUAACCAGUGUGUGGUGCAUCAGCCAGAGGGUGGGUGCUCGCCGUCUGUGGAGGAACCACGACUGCGCAGUGUACACAGGGCGUGGAGGAGAACAGAUGAGACUGUGGCAAGGGCCUCGUUCCCCUGGGAACAUGGGGAAGGUGACCGCUGGGCAGAGGCAGGCGGUGUGCUCCGUGUGCUCAGCUCCACGCAGGUUCCGCUGGGCAGGCAGUGGGCAGGGCUCUCCCCUGAGGGACGCAGCAGGGAGCAGCGGUAUUGUCUGUCAGUACAUGAAAAUUCAUUACGCUGCUGAUUGAACGUGGAAUUCCUUCAUUUCUAGAAAUGUUAAAGUAGCAGUUAUGCCUGUUUAGCCUUGAGACUUUGGGACUCCGUUGUUGAGAUGAGUUUUGCUUUAUGUCAUACACCGAAUCAUUUUAAUGAUCCCGUUUGACUGGCUUCCAGCCAUCUUUCCUGUACCCUGCUUGUGGCUGUCUAGUAAAACAAAAUGAAACAAAAAGCCUUGCGGUGUUCAGAGGCGAGACUUGUCUGCAUCUGUGACAGCUGAGAUUGUAGUGGUUGUGCAGUAUAAUGGAGAGCGUCCCAGGUGAGCGCACACGUCAGCAGUGAGGCUGCAGUGUUUGCUGAGGUCCAAGAGCCGCUGGCUUCUGAGAUGGCCUCUCAGAUGGUGGGUUUCUGCCUCCCCUGCGGGAGUGAAGUGUUCCUCAGUCACAAUGACUCCGUUUUCACCUUCGUGUGUCACCUUAUACCCGUACCUCUCAGCCUGAAAUGGUUCAUUCUUUUAAGAGCAUGUUCCUGAAAACCAGCAAGAAACCUAAGCAGACUCUCUGCCGAGCAGGAAGCCGUAGGCAGAGGGUGGCUGUGUGGGGUGCGUGGAGCCUGGAGACUCGUCUCUCCUGCCCCGGGAUGCAGGGCUUCGGCGUCCGUGAGCCCCUCGCCGCAGGUGUGUGUGAGGCCCGGGUUUCUGUUGAGCUGCUGCAUGUGGAAGCUGAGGGAGACUUCAGCCAGUCCCAGGGUUGGGGAUGUUACCCUGAGGACACCAGAGGAGAGGAGUAGAAAGCCAUGCAUGAGAUCUAAACUCAGUAGCAAGGUUCUUACUCCCAUUGCCUCUUGGCCAAGAUUUGUGCCCAGAAGUGUGUGGGAGUGGCUGGACCAGGGGCUUGCCUGGUGGUGCGUGAGUCCAGGGCCUGCCACGAGUCUAUCAUGGAGUGUCCUGAACUCAGAUGGUAAAUUUAGCGUCUAGUUCUAAAAACAGAAAAUGUGCCCAUGUAUGUGUCUGACGUUACAGAGAUUCACACAUGCCCCUGCGAAGGCUGUCGCCCGGAGUCUGUGAGCAGGGGCCAGGCUGUGGGCUGGUGCUGGUCCUGGUGUGAGCGGAGCACCCGUGGGUCCCCUGGACCUUCCUGAGGGGAAGAGCAGCUCCCAGGGGGUGGUGGGGGAGUGUUCUGUGACACCCCCACCCACAGGCCUCCCUCUACCAGGCAGCGCAGAUGGAAAAUGAGAGCCGUGAGAUUCAGAGCAAGAUGGCCUCAUUUUUUCACUUGAUUUGUAACGUUCUACACUUCUCAAACGUGUGCAGUCCUCUUAACAUUGUUAAUUUACUUAAAAGAUUAUUCUGUCCGAGCGAACUUUUGACCAGGUGAGCACCCUUUGACUUGGUGUGACACUGUCAGCACCUGAUGCUUUAAACCUCAUCUCCUCAGCUCUGAAAACCGGUGCCAGGAGAAGCAGUCGCUGACGACUGCUGUUGAUAUUUCAGGCUGUAAAUCUGAAUUCCGUUCGUGCUGGAGGAACAAAUACCACUGUCUCGUGCGAGAAAGCGCCUCUGAAAGCGCGCUAAGCAGUCGCUGGCUUCUCAUUAGCUUCUGAAGUCUGUGUAAGGAAACACACUAACUUCUGUACAUUUUGAAGACUUUUGGUCAAUGAAAUUUAUUUUGACCCACCCAUUUGGGUGCUGCUUUUAUUGUUUAACUGGAAUGUUAGAGAUCGCCGCUGACUCAGCUGCCAGUGAUGGGCCAUUGAGUGUCCCCGGGAGGUGGGAGACUGUGGGUGUGGUGUUCCCCUUCCUCACACUGCAGGGGUGAAGGGGCCUCUUCCAGCCAGGGAGUCCCGCACCCUGACUGCAGGCCGUGUAUUAGAUGCACAUUUGUAGUUUUCCCCUGGGAUUGCUGGCCUUUCAGCAUGAACUCUGGCCAUGUUUUGGAGUAUCUAAUCAUCCAGGCACAUUGUAUUUUCAAGAAAUGAUGGAGAGGAAGGCAGGGGCUCUGGCCUGGCCAGAGGGUGUGCUGGUCGGUGUGCUUGGUGGAAGCAGGCAGCGGUGUCGUCCUUUUCAAGUCCCCUGCAGAUGCAACUCAGCCCGUAGCCUGCAGCCAGCCAGCCGUGCCAAGCCUGGCCCUAGCCCACUCCCUCCAGGGUAGCCACUGCUGAGGACACAGCCGGGACGAGGUUGGGUCGGCGGGACCUUUUGGAGCUCCUUUUGCCUUUGGCAAGGGCAGGCGUUGAGUCGAGAGCAGCCGCGGCACGGCCUGUCGCUCUGUUCUCGCUGCCCUUGGCCAGGGGCUGCCUGGCCACACAGAGCCCACGCAGGUUAGAAAAUGAAUGUGAAGCACAGUUGUGUUCUGAGAAGCGAGAUUGCUUGUGUUCUUGAUGACUCACACCCAGCCCUAACCCUAGAAUGGAGGGGCAGUAGGGAGGUUCUAGUCUGUGCUACCUAGAAGGGUCAUUUUAAUAAGAAUUACAUGAAUUAUACUUUAGAUGAAUGACUUAUUCGCAAGUUAUUUUCACUACUCUGGUAUUUCACUGUGAUGUCAACAUGGAAGACCUGAGAUGAGUUGUUGGAUUUUCAGCUCGUCAGAUCUGCCGAGCACAGGAUUCUGGUCGUUUGUAAAUCCAAACACUGUGUGAAAAUACUUCUAGUUACCACUCCUUCCUUUACAGAAGCAUAACCUAACCAUGAAGUAAUGUUGCUUUAUAGAACUAUUUACUGUUCAAGGUCUGUAAUUGUAUUUCAAACUGAUGUAGUAUUCAACCUGUGAGGGGAUUUGUUUUGUCGUUGUAUGUGGCACCACCCUGCAGAGUAGGGGCUGCUCUGUGGUCACAGCAGGUGGGCCCUGUGCAGGUCACGUAAGUCACCCUGACGGCGGUGUUGUCUCUAGCAGUUGGCUGGGAUGCGUUCACUAGGCUAUUUCACGUUCGGUAAUGUCUUCUGGAAAAGUCCCUGGGGUGUGUCAAGGAGACUGCGUCCCCCGCCCCUGAGGAAUGUCCUUCCUGAGGCAAAUAGGCGCCUUGGUAUCGCACACACUGAGUAGAGAGGAGGCAGUGUUUCCAAACCCAAGGAAGCUUGCAAAGUCAGGAACUGAGCUGCUUGGGAAUCGGUGCCGCCAGCGUGGCCUCGGUGAUGCGGGAAGCACCGGGAAGUUCUUGACAGUCUGUGUCCUUUGAGUCACUGCACUUCUCUUUUUCCAAAUGCAUCCUAUUGGAUACGGAAUAGAGCGUAGAUGCCCUAGACUGAGCUCUGGGACUGUGUUGGGACCGCACAGGUGAAUGUGCCCUUCCACGAAUGGCGGCACCUGUGCACGUGGAGGCGGAGCUCCCGCUGUGCCGCGGCGCGCCUGGCUCUUCUUGCGGGGGUUCUGAGUGGAGCGCCGUCGGAUCCUUCCCGACUGUGGCUAGGGGUCCGUCCGGGCGUGGGGAAGGGGUGUGGUGGGAUCAAGGUCUGAAUCUUGUGCAACCUGUGCCAUGGACUGUGACAUUGUAAGGUCUGUGUUCUGUAUGUGGAUCUCAGACCCAAUCAGGAAACGGAACUCCUGUGUGUCGUUAACAUUUAUAUUUCCCUUCAAAAUAUGUACUCAGUGUUUAUUCCUCAAACAGACUUUGUUAAUUUAGGAAUAUCUCCAAGUGGAAACGUGCUAACUUUUCUGUAAAUCUUAAAUAAAAGGUGCUGUUCCUUCCUCUAA